AUGUCAGCCGGAGACAUUCGUCUGCUUCACCAAGAGGCCGGAAAGGAGAGCCCGAGGAUGCCGGCCUGGAAAAGAGAGAUUCUUGAACGAAGGAAAGCAAAGGGCGGUGGGUCUGGGGCAGGUGUGGACUCCGCGCUCACAUCGUGGGUUAAUGGAGAGAUAUCGGGAAGUAGUAGAUCCAACAGCAAGGAUGAUAUUACUAGCACUGUCACGAACAAGAACUAUACCAUCACUCCAGCCAGCCAGCAUUUUCCAGUUAAGCGCAGCGACACCCCCAUAUCGUCAGAUCUAUCACCGGUUAAAACAAAAGACCCCUGUUCGGUCUCAGACCCCUCCGUCUCUUCAUCAGUAGAGGGAACGGAAAGAGCAAACGGAGCGCAAGAGAGUAUGGUGCUGCGGGAGAGUUUGGGCCCGCUACAGGAAAACCCUUUUAUUAAACUGGAGAAACAACGUAAAAAACAACAGGACCAAACGAACGCCUCUCGUCCAGUGCAACACAUUUUGGAGUUGUACAGUAACGUUCCUGGAAUACGGACUAUUCAUGCAGAGAACAUAAUCAUUAUAGAAUCCGACCCAGAUUACUUUCCGGAGGGGGCUGGUUUAAAGCAUGCAUCUAAACUCCAGAAUGGCACUGUUAGCGGAUACAGCUCCCUCAACGACCUUUUAGACCGGAGGGGUAGUCCGGUUACCGAGAUACGUGCUAAGGAAGUAGUCAUUUAUGAUACUGCAUUAAGCAAAAGCGAAGAGAAUUUGAGCACAUUGGGCCGGCCAGGUUCUGACGUCGCCGACCUGUUUGAAGGGCAGGGUAGGGUGAGUCGUAUGCUACAGAAAUUCGACUUGAAUUACGGGAAGUUUCAGCCUAAAUCGCGCAGCACAGAGAACCUCCUCGAUUUAAAUACCAGCCCCGUUAGAUCCAGCUCCCGGCCUAAAGCCCUGCCGGAUAUGGUGCCAAAAUGUGCGACGCCUCCCUUUCCUGGCUCACCUGUUCGCUUUCUGCCCAACAAAGUGUCACCAGUCUUCCAGACCAAUCAGUCUUCAAAAACAAAACAACCUGCCUCUCCAACCCAUUCAGGGAGUAGCACCCCUAAUUGUGGAUCUCCUCAGUUAAUGUCUUCCUUCUGGCGGCGGUCUGAAGCGAGCGGAGGCCGCACUGUCACCAUAAACCCACGAGAGGAGGCAGAGAGGUCACAGUCAAAGCCUGUUAGGGAGAGAGACUGGGACAGCACAGACGGAGCCACUAAAGCCAAAGUGCCAUGCUCUCCAGAGAGCCACCGUGCCCGUGCCGACUCCCCUGCCAGAUCAACCUCACCCUCGCUACCACGAAGCUUCGAGAUCCGUCCAUCUCCCCACCCUGAUCUCUCGCUAGUGCCAGCCAAUGAUGUGCAGGCCCGUGCCCUCGCCAACCUCCGACUCCAGUCCCGCAACUCUUUCACUGUUAUCCCCAACUGCCGCCUGACUGCUGCAUCGUCUCCAAGCAAAACAGUGCCCCCUAACCCAGUCUUAUCGCCACCCUCUCAGAGACAGACAGAGAUCGUAGCCCCAGUGCCAGCAGUGCCAAUACCCAGCACUCCUCCAUCCACGCCACCCCUCUCAAAGCACGCAGAUACAGUGAGGGUGCCCGUGCCAGCUAACACCAAACCUCCACAACUGCCCACUCCUCCUGGUACACCCACCUCUCCUACGCCAUCCUUGAAAUCUUCACCUGCUUCUCUGACAAAGCCAGUGGUGCCCGUUGAUGAGGCUUCAAGCGACAAGCUUCCCAUUACCAACAUUGAUGAUGUUGUGGUGGAGCCAUCGACACCUUCGCAGAGCCCAGUGAUACAGAAGAGGAAAGGGAACACAUUUACCGUGGUUCCCAAACGCAAGCAGGAGCACCAGCCAAGCUCUCUGGAGCCCAAUGACCAAGCAACAGUCCCUUCACCCACUGCAGCAGCAUCCAAGGCCCCCUAUGCCCAACUGGGCACGUUGCUUAAGAAACGCUACCCAGCUGUAGAGGAGAUUGAAGUCAUUGGAGGUUACCUCUCCCUUGGCCGGUCCUGUCUUUCCAAGGCUGGCUCCACAGGCAAGAAGCUAAAAAUUUCCUUCAAUGAGUCUAGCCUUCAGAGCACAUUUGAGUACCCUUCGGAGAGCAGCGUGUGGGACAGCGGAGAAGAGGAAGAGGAGGAAGAAGAGAAGGGAGGAGAAGAAAGUGAAACAAUUAGCACUGAGCGCUUUUCCAUCCCAAGAAUAAGCUAUACCAUCGGAUCCACUAAUGUUACCAACAGCUCUGAUCUGUCCACUUAUACUCCUAAGCACUCAGUGGAGUUCAGUGCUUGGCAAGAGCACAAGACUGAUAAUCCUGACGUCCAGGGGGAAGCCAGCUCUCAGCACUCUGACAUGUCGGAGGAAGUCAUGCUGACACCUGCCAACAGCUCGUCCCUCUCAGACUUCAGCAGUGAACCAGCCCUUUACUUCUAA